AACCAUUGUAAUUGACGGUUUAAAGUGACAGGUUCAUCUACCCACAGACGUUCAACUAGACUGGGUUUAAAGUAAACCCUGUCCCUGUACUCAGUUUAGUCCUUUUUUUCUUAGGUUAUCAUCUCCCGUGUUUACGAGUUCGUUUCAGUUUUUGAAUAUUGUUGACACCUUCUGGAAGACCUAACCGCAAAUGCUUGCAAUUUGCAGUUCCAUUAAUAACAUCGGAUAAUAUAUCAACGGUCAUGAAUUCACUGCUUCAGACAUUUAUUUUAUUAUCAUCAGUGUUUUCAAAUAGCAAUGCAGCGUUUUCAUAUAGCCUGGAAAACGACCUUAGAACCCUCAUUUUCACAACCAACAGUUACAACCGGUUCACCAGACCGGAAGCACAAGUUGCUGUCACUGCUGAACUGAAUUUGUUGACUCUCACUUCCUUGAGCAUCAAGGACCAGAUGAUGUCUGUUGCCGGAUACUUUACAUUAAACUGGUCUGACGCCCGCUUGAAUUGGAGCGGAAACCCAACGUACAGCACAGAUAUUCCCGCGUUUUAUACUACCCAGGAUUACGUGUGGGUCCCUUCCCUCUCUGUCACCAACUCAGUGAGUGACCUCGCCGUCAUUAGUGACAACACUGUCGUUAUACGGGUGGCCAAAGACGGUACCCUGCAAUGGACGCCAGGGGGCGUGUACGAAACGCAGUGUACCACGGAUGUCACCUACUACCCUUUUGACACCCAGACCUGCAGCAUAACACUGGCUACCUGGGGAUAUACCAGCAUAGAGAUCAAUUUGAGGGGAAGUAAAGUGGAUACUACUUAUUACGAACCAAGUGGAGAGUGGGAAUUUUUCACCUACAGCAUUUCGUCCUCUACUCGUGCGUUUGGCAGCAACAGUCUACCGCAGAUAAGCUUCCAACUGAAUUUUCAGCGCCGACCAUACUUCCAGGUGAUGAAUACAAUUAUUCCCAUGAUUCUACUGGCUUCCUUGAGUGUCUUCGUUUUUCAAUUGCCUCCGGAUUCAGGCGAGAAGAUGGGCUACUCUCUCACCACACUCUUGGCGUUUGCUGUUUAUCUCACUUUGGUGUCUGCCAAUAUUCCCACCACUUCCAUCAAUACGUCUUGUCUUUCUGUGUAUUUGAUAAUCAUGUUGGCUAUGGGAGUUACCUCUGUGCUUCUGACGAUCUACAUUCUCAAAUGCCACCACAGUCCUGAGGACAAACCGAUUCCGCAUUAUCUCAAAGUGUUCUGUGAAUUAGUGGGGAAAAUAUCAUGUGUUUGUUGCAAGAAAAAGAAUGUCGUGGACGGACAAGAUAUUGAGGAGAAGGUUAAGGCACCUGUUGAAAACAAUGAACCGGAACUGACGUGGCAGGAUGUGACAAAAAUUCUGGAUAAUUUCUUUUUCAAAUUAUAUGCUAUUAUUUUACUUUUAUUAACCCUUUCUGUGCUUCUUGCGCUAAUAAUUGAUUAUAAUAUUUCUUAAUAUAUCAAAAAUACACAACAAACACUAUAAAAUGUAUAAAAUACAAGUGCACCAUUUUGUAUAUAGUGUUAAUAUAUACUGCAUAACACAUACAGUCAAAUCUAUAUACAAUCGGUUUUGUAGCGCCCCCCCCCCUCCCCCACAUUCUCUAUCUUAUUAGAUAAACAUGAUACAUGUAUAUAUAUUCUAAAUCAUAAUCACAUUUUUUGUUUUCAACUGUACAUGCAUCGUUGUCAUAUUUGUAAAUAUUUUUUAUCUGUACGCAAAUCUAUAUACUCAUUUUCAAUUCUUUAUUCACUCAAGACCAGUUCACUGGUACUUGAGGUUCAACAUGAGUAUAUAUACAGAUUAACAACAAAAAACAAUGAAUCGCUGUUUUUAUGUGAACGAAAUAAGUUUAGGUACAGUAUACAUUUAACAACACCCAUAGUUAUACGUUAAUUAGGUUUUCCUUUAAUUUAGGUUGAUGAGGUCAUCUGAUGAUCAGCAAUUUUAAACAAAUGAUUUUCUGUGUUUCAGAUAUUGAACUAAGAACUCUAUAAAGGAAAAAAAUUAUAUUAAUGCAUUUUUACAUCAAAAAUGCUCUUAAAUUGGUGAAUUCAUUGAAAUGGAAUUAACAAAUUGUGGGUAGUGUAUUCUAUCAUGUUUAAUUUGCCUAUUGGUUUUGGUUUUUGCAUCCGGUAUUUACUAAAAGCGGUGUAGUCUGUAAUAUUUGCUUCGCUGGGUUUAUCAAUGAGGUAGAAUUGCAAACGGGAUAGUGCUACGUAUUGAUUACGAAUUACUGCACAUUGUACAUAACUGUCAUAAUUAAUCCGAGUUUGAAAAUGUAAAUAUAUUUCUUUUAAAUUUUGAUUGACGAUUAUGGUGAUUGUUAUUGAGAUAAUACCACAGAACCUUAAUGUGCAAUUGUUAAGUCAAUGAAAUGGCAUCUAUCGUGUGGACAAGAAUUCACUAACAAAAUUUACUCCAUGAAAAAGACAAUGGGAUCUUGUUUGCAUGAAGCGUCCGUGGCUGAUAAAUAUAUGAACAAACGAUACCUUUUCGUCGUCGGCCAACUAUCUAUUUAGAAACGAGUAUUUAACUUUUAUUCAUCCUUUUAUGAAUCGAAAUUAUCAAGAGGUACUUGUAACAUGUAGGAAAAGUGAAUAGAAGCACACAAUAAAUAUAAUAAACAUAAUACAUAUACGUAUUUGGAACAAAGGUAUGAGUUUCAAACCGAAAAAAAAUGUAUUUGUUCUGUCUGUAGGUCACUUGAUGGCUCAGGUAUCGUUCCUUGCGUUUAGUUCAGGAAUCACUAGUUUCUCCACCAUUUUGUAAUAAUCUUUUAACCAGGAAACCUGUUUAAAUAAGAAGAAAAAACUUUUCUUAAAAUCCUGUUUUUCGCCAUUUGACAAGUAAAAUGUACAUUCAAGUAAAGGUAUAUGAUUUUUUUAAAAAUUAUGAUAUUCAUUUAUAAAUUAUUGAUAUUUUUUGCGUAAUUGAAUGGAUGUUCAUGACAUAGCUUUCAAAAAAUCAUUUCAAUAUUUAUUUUACAAGCAAUUUCAAUUGCUGCAUUCAAUAAAUAUAAAAGAAGAUAA